GCGGGGGAUCCGGGGAGCGGCGGACCGCGGGGGGAGGGGCACCGAGGAGCGCGAAGGACGGUUUACACAGAGGGACUUCCGCCGGACACGCAGACGGUAAACUCCGCGUUUAAAGAGGCAGAAAUAAAAUAUAAACAGCUCAACACUAUCUGUGACGAUGUCAGUAUCAAUAAUAAUAAAAUGGAGUGGGCAGGAAUAUCCAGUUACAAAACUGACUGAGGAGGACACAGUGCUAGAUCUGAAGGAGACGAUUAAAACGCUAACCGGAGUGCUCCCGGAACGGCAGAAAUUAUUAGGCCUUAAGAUCAAAGGUAAACCUGCAGAAAAUGAUGUGAAGCUUGGCGUGCUUAAACUGAAACCAAAUACCAAAAUCAUGAUGAUGGGCAGCAGGGAGGAGAGCCUGGAGGAAGUACUGGCUCCACCCCCUGACAAUGAUGAUGUUAUCAAUGACUUUGAUAUCGAGGAAGAUGUUAUAGAAGUAGAAAACAGAGAAGAAAACUUGGCUAAAAUUGCACGCAGAGUAAAAGAUUACAAAGUAGAUAUUUUAAAUCCACCUCGUGAAGGAAAAAAGCUGCUCGUUUUAGAUGUUGACUACACACUAUUUGAUCACAGGUCCUGUGCUGAAAGUGGACAUGAACUAAUGAGGCCCUAUCUACACGAGUUCCUUACAUCUGCGUAUGAAGAUUAUGACAUUGUUAUAUGGUCUGCUACCAGCAUGAAGUGGAUUGAAGUAAAAAUGAAAGAACUAGGAGUCACAACAAACUCUAGCUACAAGAUCACCUUCAUGUUGGAUAGUGCGGCAAUGAUCACAGUGCACACACCCAAGCGAGGAGUGGUGGAGCCUUGGGUUGCUGAGGCCAAUCCUAGCGCCCCUUUCGCUGCCCUGGUUGAGAUCAGCAAACUCAGCACAGAGCGGGGACCUUCCUGGGCUGUGUGGCUCAGUUCCACGCUGACUGGUGGCUUUGCCAACUUGAGGGUCAAACCACUAGGAGUGAUCUGGGAUAAAUUUCCCGAGUUCUAUACUAGGAAAAACACCAUAAUGUUUGACGACAUUGGCCGGAACUUUCUCAUGAAUCCCCAGAACGGGCUAAAGAUAAGACCAUUCAUGAAGGCUCAUCUGAAUCGAGAUAAAGACCGGGAGUUGCUGAAACUGUCCCAAUAUCUAAAGGAGAUUGCAAAGUUAGAUGAUUUCACAGAUCUCAAUCAUAAACACUGGGAAAAGUAUCUCUCAAAGAAGCAAGGGCAGUGAGGAGCAAAACAAGUGUGGAUCUUUUUGAUGUAGGUCCACGCCCAAUUUGGAAGUACAUGGGGACAUUUUAACUGUGAUUGAACAAGGGACAAGUGCUGAGCACUGCAACAAUCAGAAACGCCAAAGGGACUUAACUGACAUGCACAUGCUACCUGCCACCUCACCUCUCCGCAGUCUUCGGCACUACGAGUCCUUCAGUGAAGACAGCAAAUAGAACAUAGGACAGACACCUUGUGCUUCAGCAAAUUCCUUUCAUACUGUGUGCAUUCUUCAAUGUUACCAUUUAUCUAUCGGAUGUCUAAAUAAAGCUCCACUGCCUUUUA